AUGGCCAGCGACGGAAAGGGGCAGAAAGUGGUUGAUGCAUUCUAUUACAAGGAUGAAGAGGUAUUAUGCGAUUGCGGGCUGAGAUCUUCUCGAAGAAUUUCACAUAGUAUUGACAACCCGAAUCAAAAAAAUUUUGAUUGUCCACUAUUCGGCUCUAAGCUGGAGAAUGCAUAUCUUCGUGUUGAAUUAGACAGAGUAUCCAAGCAUAGUGUUGAUGCUAGAAUUGAAAGCAAGAAUAUGAUAUCAUGCUACGAAGAGAUAGUUGUUGCCAUUAAUUCGAUUAAGUUGAGGUUGGACCACUUGGAGGUUGGGAGUUCAAAGCUCUAA